GAUCAUCAUCAUCAUCAUCAUCACCACCACCUGUGUUGCGUUAUCAAGUAACCAUGGACUCUCCAACGAACGAUUGCACAGGGUGUAUCUUCUUGAGGACGAAACUCAGCAUCCAGACCAUGACAAGCAUCUGCUUUACUUUCAACAGCGUGGUCCUCGUCUUUCAUGUGUUUGCCAUGAUGAGUUCUGAAGACGCAGCUGUUUACUUGAAGCUCAACUCCAUUGAUGCGCUACCUAGUGAAAUUCAAGCCAUCACUAUCCCAAGGAUGGUCCUUAUAUGUGUGACGAUCGUCAUUGACCUUUUCCUCGUCAUCGGCAUCGAAGACAACGUCAAGGCUGCCCUUCGGGGAUUCGUCUUCUGGAAUACUUUUAUGGUGGUCGUGGAAUCACUCACAAUAUCAGGGAUCGCAAUAUGGAAGGGUACCGCAGAGAACGUAACACUGCUGCUUGCUUGUGCUGGUUCUUAUGGUUGUAUCCUAGCACUGAGGGGCUGCUUCGCGAAGCAAGUGUACGAUUAUAUGGGAAGACUGGGAAGCCCUAAUACUGCUUCAGUGUCAGCAUCACUGUCAGCUUCAAGGUUGGUAACAGAAAAGCACUCCACUGUGGAUGAAGACGCCACGCAAACCACGGUUCUUGAUGAGCUUGCAGUUGCACACACUUCAGACAGGCGCACUAAAAGUGCUUAGACUAUUCCGUGAAGUGUUCUACAUGGUUCUGGGAUGCUUGUUUUUGCGAUUCGAGUUAUAAAAACGUGCACAUG